AUGACUACCAACGUCUCCCUCGAGACCUCAAUGGGUACAAUAAUCCUAGAACUCUACACCGCACACGCCCCCAAAACCUGCACAAACUUUGCUACCCUCGCAAAGAGGGGCUACUACAACAGCACCGUAAUCCACCGCAUUAUCCCAAACUUCAUGAUUCAGGCCGGCGACCCGACGGGCACAGGCCGCGGCGGCACCUCAAUCUACGGCGAAAAGUUCGCAGACGAGAUCCACGCGGGCCUCAAACACACCGGCGCGGGUGUUCUCUCCAUGGCCAACGCGGGGCCCGACACGAACGGCUCCCAGUUCUUUAUUACCCUCGCCCCGACCCCUUGGCUCGAUGGGAAACAUACCAUUUUCGGACGGGUCAAGAGCGGUUUGAGCGUCGUGAAGAGGAUGGGGCUGGUCAAGACGGGGCCCGAGGAUCGGCCGCUUGAGGAGGUCAAGAUCAUCAAGGCUUCUGUCGUUGAAGAGGGCGGCGACGAAUUGUAA